UGCUUUCCGUGAGAUGAGAAACGGAGGUUAAUGGGGAGAUUGAGAACAGCUUUUCUUGCCGUCUCUCUCGUUUUUCUUGUUUGCGUUUCCGAGGAGAUUAUCUCUCGACGCGGCGCCAACCGCGGCGAGGCUCACGGUGGCGAUGAUGUGGCAGAACAAACAUGGAUACAUUGUAGAAAAGAAUUGAAAGAUAAGAACAGAGAUUGCCUUAUCUAUAUCCCUCCUCGUGUAGCAGCAGCUAAUGAUACGUACCAGAAACUAUCCGUCUUAACCGGUUGGUUCAGCAACUGGUUUGGACCUCUCCUUGAUUCUACUACAAGCUAUCCAACAAGAAAGCUGAUCGGUAAGCAAAAGAGAAAGAAAAAGAAAAAGAGAAAGAAGUUUAGAGUAUCUGCUCCAAACUUUGCACUUGGUCCUGCACCAGGUUUUGCUCCAGGUCCUUCUCCCCGUUUCGCUCCAGGUCCUGCUCCAACAACUCCUCAGAGUUAUGACCUUGUUGCACCUUCAAGCUCUCCUUCAUAUUCGCCAGCUGAGGCGCCGGAUGAAUCAAGCUUUGGUGGUCCGACUAAGAAGAGAGCAAAGAGUAUUGUUGCUCCUAGUCAAAGUGUUCCAGGUCCUCCUCCUCCUCCACCACCGGAGAAGAAGAAUGAUAUCUUGAUGGAUCUUAUCAUCGCUGUUGCUUCAACCGCUGUGUUAACGUUUUUUCUAGUUGCAUUGCUCUUCUUAUGUUGCUUCAGACGCAACAACCGCAAAAAUGCGGUUGGUCCUAGAAAUGGACCAAGAGAUGAAGGACCACUUCUACAUUUAUCUGAUUUAUCAGCUGGAUCUAAUGAGAACUCUCCAAAGGUUGCAGCCACGAGUAGGAGAUUCUUCACUGCUACUUCUAAGAAGAGAUCGUUUCUGUCUAGAGUAUCUCUAAAGAGAAACCAUCAUGACUUCCCACCAGCUGAAGCGUCGUCAUCCUCUGGACUUCCUCUUCCUCCUGGAAGAUCAUCAGGAGCUCCUCCUCUUCCUCCUGUGGCUCCACCACCUCCACAGGCUCCACCACCACCUCCUCCUAAAUCUAAACCUCCUCCUCCUGCUCCUCCAAAACUUGUGCGUCCUCCACCUGCACCACCAAAACGUCAAGGACGUAGCUCCUCUGGAGAUGGUUCUGACGUUGAUUCGGAGACCGGAGCUCCGAAAACGAAACUAAAACCGUUUUUCUGGGAUAAAAUGGCUAACCCUGAUCAGAAAAUGGUUUGGCAUGAGAUCAGCGCCGGUUCAUUCCAGUUCAACGAACAGGAGAUGGAGUCUCUUUUCGGUUACAAUGAUGUGAACAAAAACAAGAAUGGUCAAAGAGGAGAAUCAUCUAGAGACUCUCCUGUUCAAUAUAUACAAAUCAUUGAUCCAAGGAAAGCACAAAACUUAUCUAUUCUUCUCCGAGCUUUGAAUGUAACAAUAGAAGAAGUCGUUGAUGCCAUCAAAGAAGGUAACGAGCUCCCAGUGGAGCUUCUCCAAACAUUGUUGAAGAUGGCUCCAACUUCAGAGGAAGAACUCAAACUUAGACUAUACUCGGGAGAUCUUCAUCUACUUGGCCCUGCGGAGCGAUUCUUGAAAAUUCUUGUUGAUAUACCUUUUGCGUUUAAACGUAUAGAGUCGCUUAUAUUCAUGAUAUCGCUUCAAGAAGAAGUCUCUGGCAUCAAAGAAUCACUCGCAACUCUCGAAGUGGCUUGCAAGAAACUUAAAAACAGUAGACUGUUCAUAAAACUACUAGAAGCAGUUCUCAAGACAGGAAACAGAAUGAAUGUCGGAACUUUCCGCGGUGACGCGCAAGCUUUCAAACUCGACACGCUCUUGAAACUCUCUGACGUCAAAGGAACUGAUGGCAAAACUACACUAUUACACUUUGUUGUCCUUGAGAUCAUUCGUUCUGAAGGCGUUCGUGCUCUUCGCCUCCAGAGAUCAAGCAAAAGCUUCUCCAGCGUUAAAACAGACGAUACCAACACAGACACAAGUCCACAGUCUGUUGAACGUUACCGAAGCACUGGACUUCAAGUUGUUUCGGGACUAACCACAGAGCUUGAAGAUGUCAAGAGAGCAGCAAUAAUAGACGCUGAUGGAUUAGCUUCAACACUGAUGAACCUAAGUGGCUCGUUGACCAAUGCGAGGGAGUUUCUGAAGACGAUGGACGAAGAGAGCGAUUUCGAGAAAGCUUUAACUGGGUUCAUAGAACGUGCAGAUGGUGAUAUCAAGUGGUUGAAGGAAGAAGAAGAGAGGAUCAUGGUGUUGGUGAAAAGCUCUGCUGAUUACUUCCAUGGCAAAUCUGCCAAGAACGAAGGGUUGCGUUUGUUUGCUAUAGUGCGUGACUUCUUGAUAAUGUUGGAGAAAGUUUGCAGAGAAGUUAAAGAAACAACGAUGAUGACAUCCAGCAAAAAUCAUUCGAGUAAGAAGGAAACAAAGAUGAUUCCGGAAAGUAAUCAACCGGAUAACAUUCGACGGCAUUUGUUUCCGGCCAUUGCUGAACGGAGAGCUGACAGUUCGGAUGAUUCAGACAGUGACUAGGAUGGAAUAAGCAAAGCAGUUCGUUAUGUUAGUUUUUGUAUUAUGUUGUAUCAUUUCAGUUUCAAGUAAAACACAAACAAAAAAAAGUAACUUACAAUUUGUAUUUAUGUAUAAUUCUGUUUUUGUUUGUGCCCAGCUUUAUAAAAAUAGAUAGAUAGAUGGUAGGAACAAGAACACGAGAGCUUUUGUUACUAAAAGAAGAGAUACAACCUAGUCAAAUGAUUCUCCUCUAUGAAAAUUAUGUGAGCCUAAUCUAACAAGAAUAACAAUGGUAUCCUAACCCAAAGUUAUUGUUAAAUUCUAAAAAUCACAUAUAUGGUAAAAAAGCUAUACAU